AGGAACAGCCAAUCAGAGAUCAAAUCAGAGAGGAGACAGAGAAACGUGCACACAACUGAUAAGAUCUCCCCGUGACAAGCGCAGGAGAGGGAAGAAAUGCAAGAUCAGACGGCCACCACGACGAGCUCGCCGCCUUCCAGCAGCGACAGGUCGUCCAGCUCCAACUCCAAGGAAGGGAUGGACAGUGACGACGACAUAGGGAGGGUGCCGGAGUUCCGGCUGGACCAGGGAGGACCAUCGACGUCGGGAAGGGAGGCAGCGGCCGCCGGGACGUCGUCCGAGCUCGCGCAGUCGGUGGCGGCGGCUGCCCAGGCCAGCUCCCGCCGCCGCGGCCGCAGCCCGGCCGACAAGGAACACCGGCGACUCAAAAGAUUGUUGAGGAACCGGGUGUCGGCGCAGCAGGCACGGGAGAGGAAGAAGGCAUACAUGGGCGAGCUGGAGGUGAAGGUGAAGGACUUGGAGACGAGAAACUCGGAGCUCGAGGAGAGGCUCUCGACGCUGCAGAAUGAGAACCAAAUGCUUAGACAGAUACUGAAAAACACCACCGGUAACAGGAGAGGACCGGGUAGCGGUGCCGGUGCCGGCGGGGACAGCUAGAGCCUGUAGUACCACCGUGCGACGUCUGGAGUUAUCUGCUACAGUAUGUACUUAAUUGUGAAAUGUAAUAACUUAGUGGCUAUAAUGGUGUCAGUUCCUUUGAUUAGUUUAGUGUGUUGUUUAAUUAGUAGUGGAGACAAAGCACCUAAAAAAUAUACCGCGCCUAUGUAUAAUCCUAUGCGAUUUGGACUGAAAUUGCUUAGUCUCAAGGAGUGAGGGGAGCCGGCCGGCACCACAUAAUGUACGGUGAAGGACCGGUCCCUGCCGUAUGUAUACACGUCAGACUUGUAUGUAUUGAUGAAGGUUGCGUAUAGUAUGUAUGAAGGUUGCGUAUA